AUGUACCUUAAAAGUAUAACUCGUUAAGAAAUGCUAUCUCAAAUUGAUGCACUCAAAUGCAAACUGGAAUUUGAGAAGUAGAAUCAUGAGAAGGAGUUAAAAUAAAUUAAAUUGGAGGUCCAAAAGGAAGUAAAAAUGCUCACAUUCUAUAGAUUGCAGUGUUGUAGGAUGAACUCAAACAAUUGAAAGAGAUGUUUGCAAAUGUUUAAUUCUAAUAGUAUUUCAAAAUGAAGAGUGAGAAUAAGAAAUUACAACAGGAAAAUACUAUUUUGCAUGAUAUGGUCAGAGCUAAUUAAAUUACAGGAUCUACAAAAGAAAUGGAACUUGGAAGAUUGAAACAGAAAUUACAUAGAUAUAAUAACAAUUCAUUGCAAAUACAAAAGGAGAGCAAUGGAGAAUAGAAUUAGCAAUUCUAGCUUCAAAUCAGGGAUGUUAGAAAUUUAUCUCAUCACCGAAAUCAAACUUAACCUUCACUAACAGAUUCAACGGCAGAAACUUCAUCUAAAUUAUUGCCAAUAAAAUUCAAGAUUAAUUAAUGA